CGGGCUCGGGAGCUCUCUCCCUGGACAGCACGCCAAAUACGCAUAACCUUUAUUUAAUUAUAAGUAAAUGUGAACUCGUGAAUUAGUCAAUUUGUGUUUAUAUUAGACAAGACUAAUCUCAGUUGCUAUCUGUUUGCUAACAUUAUCAGCAGUGUUAUUGUGUUUAAUCUCUGAGAAACUGUUUCUGUUUGUUCUUCAGGUGUGUUUGAUGUUGAUGCAGAUGAAGUGAAGUCAGUGAUGGAGGGAGAUUCUGUCACUCUAAACCCCAAUCUCUCUCAAAUACAGGGAUUUAUUGAGAUGCUGUGGAGGUUUGGAGAGAAAGGUUUCACAAUUGCUCAAACUGAUGGAAAUAAAACCUCAUAUGAAGAUUAUGAGGUAUUUAGAGGCAGACUGCAGCUGAACCAGAAUGGAUCUCUCACCAUCACAAACGUCAGAACCAAUCACUCUGGACUUUAUGAAGCAGAAAUCAGGCACAAAACUGGAACCUCAAAUCAGAAAUUCAGUAUAACUGUCUAUGAGUCUCCAUCUGUUAUUGCUGGGGCUGAAGCUGAAAUGAAGCUCAUGUCAGUGAAGGAGGGAGAUCCUGUCACUCUUCAUGUUCCUCAAAUACAAGGAAAUGAGCUGAUAGUGUGGAGGUUUGGAGAUGAAGAAGAACUCAUAGUUAAAGCUGAUAUAGAGGCCAAGAGCUCAUCAUUAUAUUAUGAAACUGAUGAGAGAUUCAGAGACAGACUGAAGCUGAAUGAUCAGACUGGAUCUCUGACCAUCACAAACACCAGAACCACUGACUCUGGACUUUAUAAAGUGAAGAUCAGCAGCAACAAACAGACCUUAUACAAGAGAUUCAUUGUUACUGUCAGUGAACGAGGUCUCUCUGGAGGUGCUGUAGCAGGGAUUGUUGUUGGUGUUCUGCUGCUGGCUGCAGCUGCUGCUGGUGUGAUUUACUUCUACCGUCGCCCCAGGACCACCAAUCUACCAAGCCAAACGUGGUCAGUGCCGACGGCAGAUGAUGUCCCUCUAAACCCUGAUACUGAAAUACAGACAGGAGAUGAGAUACUGUGGCUGUUUGGAUAUAAAGACGCUCUCAUAGCUGAAAUCAAAGGAGAGACCAGAGAGAUGACUACACAUGAAGGUGCUGAUGAGAGAUUCAUGAACAGACUGGAGCUGGACGAGAAGACUGGAUCACUGACCAUCAAUGAAAUCUUAACUAAACACACUGGACUCUACACUCUGAAGAUCAGAAGAGGCAGAGAAACCUUCUACAAAAGAUUCAUUGUUUCUGUAAGAGUUUCAUUGAUUUCUGUCAGUUUUGUGUUGAUCUAG